UAAAACACUGGAGGGAAAAACAACUUCCAGGGCAGAUUUUCUACUCAUUUAGUUGAAAAUUAUUGAAAAUAUUUGCAGCUUUUAGGAAAAACAGCUGCAAGUUCAAAUAUCUUUAGCCUCAAUUGUUACCAAAAAGGUGGGUGAGAUGGUGGAGAGACUAUAGAUCCACACAGACUUUAGAGUCUCUCUCCUUAAUUUGUGGUUUCUGGAUUUUGGUCACAGGAAAAGUGAACUUUGACACAAUAAAGGUUGAAAAACACGGAUCUAAAGCUUCUCAUCUGUUCUCCUCCACCUGGAAAUCACUGGGGGGGGGGGGUCUGUUAUGAUGUUUGUUGGAGCCCCCCACCCCCCAUGAGAGGUUUCCUCCCCGCUUCAUUCGUCCUUUUAAGGCCAACAGGCUUGUCUGAGAUGGACCCGCACCGCAGCUCCUCCCCCAGCAAAGCCCCCCCCUCACCUGCAGCAGGUGUUAAAAGCGGCCGACCGGACCAAACCUCAGACGAGCUGCUGCCUCCUUCAGCAUGAAGUCCCUGAACAAUCGCGCUGGAAGCCACCUGAGCGGACAGGUGGGGUCUGAGCCGGGCGCCGUGGGGACUGGGGGCUGGGUGAACCACGGCUACUGCGAGUCCCCCGAACCCCCGGGCGUCAGCACCAUCUACGGCCCCCGGCCGGCCCCCCAGGGCCCAGUGGACAGCCCCUACAGCCUGGAUGCUGCAGGGAAGUUUCCAGAAGCUUCUGUCCAAAGGGUGAAGAAGAAGAGCGGCUGCUGCUCCUUCAUCAAAGGACUGUGGGGGACAGCUCUGACCGAGAACGUGUCCAACAACAGAGAGAAGUACAUCCGCACCACGCUGAGGGAGCUGCUGGUCUACCUGCUGUUCCUGCUGGACAUUUGUCUGUUGACCUACGGCAUGACCAGCUCAAGCACCUACUACUUCACCAAAGCCAUGACGGACCUGUUUGUGAACUCGGGCGGGGACGCCGGGGUCGCCUUCCAGUCCAUCGGCACCAUGGCCGACUUCUGGAGCUUCGCCCAGGGUCCACUGCUGGAUGGUCUCUACUGGACCAAGUGGUACAACCAGCAGUCGCUCAACAACGGAAACCAGUCCUUCAUCUACUAUGAGAACAUGCUGCUGGGAGUUCCCAGGAUGAGGCAGAUCAAGAUGAAGAACAACUCCUGCAAGGUCCACCAAGACUUCAAAGAUGAGAUCUUUGGAUGCUAUGAUGUCUAUGAUGAAAAGAAGGAAGAUGACCUCAACUUCGGCCUCAUCAACGGCACAGCCUGGACCUACCACACCGAGAAGGAGAUGAGAGGUUCUUCUCACUGGGGCCUGCUGAGCACCUACAGUGGAGCGGGGUACUACCAAGACCUGGACCGGACCAGAGAAAGGAGCGCUGAGAUCCUGAGCACGCUCAUGGACAACUGCUGGCUGGGCCGUGGAACCCGAGUGGUCUUCAUCGACUUCUCCGCCUACAACGCAAACAUCAACAUGUUCUGCGUCAUCAGUCUGAUGGUUGAAUUCCCAGCGACAGGUGGAGCUGUUCCCUCCUACCAGAUCCGAACGGUCAAGCUGCUGCGCUACGUCACCCGCUGGGACUACUUCAUCCUGGGUUGUGAGGCGGUCUUCUGCGUGUUCAUCCUCUACUACAUGGUGGAGGAGGUUCUGGAGCUGCGGAUUCACAGGUUCUCCUAUCUGAAGAGUGUUUGGAACAUCCUGGAUAUCGUGGUCAUCCUGCUCGCCCUCGUCGCCAUCGCCUUCAACGUCUUCAGAACCAUCAAAGUCGACAACUUACUGGGCAAACUGCUGGAAAAUCCCAACAUUUAUGCAGAUUUUGAGUUUCUGGCGUUCUGGCAGACACAGUACAACAACAUGAACGCCGUCAACCUGUUCUUCGCCUGGAUCAAGAUUUUCAAAUACAUCAGCUUCAAUAAGACCAUGACGCAGCUCUCCACCACGCUGGGUCGAUGCGCCAAAGACAUCCUGGGAUUCGCCGUCAUGUUCUUCAUCGUUUUCUUCGCCUACGCUCAGCUCGGGUACCUGCUCUUUGGGACAGAGGUGGACACCUUCAGCACCUUCGUGAAGUGCAUAUUCACGCAGUUCAGGAUCAUCCUCGGAGACUUCAACUUUGACGCCAUCGAUCAGGCCAACCGGGUUCUGGGGCCCAUCUACUUUGUGACCUACGUGUUCUUUGUUUUCUUUGUUCUGCUGAACAUGUUCCUGGCCAUCAUAAACGACACCUACUCUGAGGUGAAGGAGGAGCUGACGUCCCAAAAAGACGAGCUCCAGAUUACUGACAUCAUCAAACAGAGCUACAUGAAGACAUUCACGAGGCUGAAACUAAAGAAAGACAAGAUAACGGAUGUGCAGAAAGCUCUGCAGGCGGGAUCUGGAGAAAUCCAGUUUAAGGACUUCAAACAGACGCUGAUAGAAAUGGGACACACUGAUGGGGAAAUAUCUGCGGCGUUCUCGAAGUUUGACCGAGACGGGAACCAGGUUCUGGAUGCAGAGGAACAGGAGAGGAUGAAGCGAGAGCUGCAGGAGAAACGGGACGCCCUUAGCACCGAACUGAACCACCUUGGAAAGAACUACGAGAAGGAACCGGUGGAGACGGAAUCCUUCCCCCCCCAUGAGCAGAGGAGUGUCUCCAACCAAACCUUUGUGGAUCAACAACAGUUUCAAAGCCUAGCCAGACAGGUGCUGCAGGUGCAACGCUCAGUGGCUGACAUCACAUCCAGGAUGGAACUGAUCCUGGCUCAAAUGGGGCUACAAGAGAAAGCCAAGGGGGGAGAAAGUGGAGCGGGUCACGAGGCCAGAGAGAGGACCUGCUGCAGGUAAGGAAUCUGCAUCGGAUGCUCUGGUUCUGUUGGACAGAGGAACCAGGAAGCCCGCAGUCCUGCUCCCCCGGAAGUGACGAGGAGCGUCCAAAGCCCGUCUCCCUCCCACAAAGCGCUGCAUGCUUUGACAUACACAUUUGUGAGUGUUUGUGUAGUUCACCUCACCUUUUAUGUAACUCUGAAUCCGCUGGGAUCCUUAGCAAAGCUCUGCUGGUGCUGACGGAGGCUCAGACUGUCUGUGGCGAUGGUUUGAAUCCAGACUCAUGCAGGAAAGCGGAGAACUUCUGUCGGUCGUUCUGUUCUUCAUGGAUCCUGGAGAACGCCAGCAUUCACCAAAAUAAAAGCUUCUGUCCAUCCAAACCUCUGCUUGUUAGAUUUAAUGCUCCAAACUUUCUGUAAAGUCCACUAGAAAGUUGUUCCAUAGACUGUUUUCAUGUGUACAGCUGUGUAAUAAACAGAACAACAACAUACAAACAAACGUUUCUUUAUUUCAAGGGACUUUUUCCAUUGAAUGGAGAAGUGAUGAGUUUUUAAAACGUCCUUCCGGGUGUUCAGAUUACGGACAUCAAAGCAAACGGGCGUUACAUUCAGUGUUUAGGCGACGCGUCGUAAACUCCAGCUUCAGCCACACCUGGAAAUGGCACAAGAACACAGACGGGACGUCCAUCGGAGCUGAGAGCGGACCUCCUCUAAAUCCUCAGAGAUGGGACCUCAACAACUAAUAAGGCUCGUCAUAAAUUAGAGUCUAGAAAUGAAGAAGAGCAAACUACUUUCUAGCAUUCUACCUACAGUAUGUACAUCACCUUUCAGAGAUUUAGCAUCAAUCUUUAUAUUUACACACAUCAAGCUAACCCUCGCUUUGUUUUCCCGCCUCAAAGAACCACAAAUCAGAUUUGUUCAUCAAAAAAAGAGCUUUCAAAGUGAGAUGGACAGAGAUCCUCCUUUGACAGGAGUUUACCUUCGUCUGAAAGACACCAGAAAAUUCUAAAUGUGAAAAUCUUUCUAAAUAAACGGAGAACCACAGGAAACACUCCUUUCUCCAGUUCUCAGCUUUGACCUAAAAGAUUCUAAAGGAGACAAAUCCGGCGGUGGAGGGAUUAUAAUUAGGAUGUUUAGCCGGACAAAAAACUGAAAAAUCCAACUCAAAGGACGACGUCUACCAAGGAAACGAAUCGACAAAAAUUCAUUUGAUUUAAUUUGGUUCUAUAAACGGGGCUACUUACUUUUCAUGAACAUUGUGUUGUAGUUUUGUGGUUCACUGACAUGCUGUAACGUACUACAGCUGAUGAGUCAUUACUGGGGUUUUAGGUUAAAACCUUAAUACUGACAGAGACAUUUACUUUAGACAUCUGCACUUAAUGGAGAGCUGGAGGGGGGGGGGGCGGGGGGGGGGGG